GCGAGCUUAUUUCACCUUCAGCGAGCACGGAGGCGUCGUCACACGCACGAGCGCUGUCCGUUUGAAUCACUGUGUGUCCGUCACACCGCUAGAAAUCGGAUGAUUUGCAUUUGAAAACGUAUUUAACCAAAUACUAAACAGAAUCUGGAUUUAACGCACUGAACCUUUAUAUGGUCCGCGCUCUUUGCAGCAUUCUGCGUAUUUCUUCACUGUAUUUUCCCCGUAGAUAGUAACGUUCGUCAGAUUUCAGAAUAAGGCGAAAUGGCAACGGACGAGCUGUCAUCGAAGUUGAGCCGCAGGCUGCAGAUCGAGGAGGGCGAGCACGACCCGGUGGCGCUGGACGGGGCUCACGAGAACGGAGCGCACGAGAAAGCGGCCACAUCCAGCGCGGACUCCGAGCUGGGAGCCAAGCUGCAGCGGCGCGGGGAGCUGAACGAGGGCGUCGGUGAGCACCACCAGCCCAGCAUGAAGGUGUUCAACCCCUACACCGAGUUCAAGGAGUUCUCGAGGAAGCAGAUCAAAGACAUGGAGAAGAUGUUCAAACAGUAUGAUAUAGAGAAAGAUAAUUUCAUCGAUCUGAUGGAGCUGAAGCUGAUGAUGGAGAAACUCGAAGCACCUCAGACUCACCUGGGCCUGAAGAACAUGAUCAAAGAAGUAGAUGAGGACUUUGAUGGCAAACUCUGCUUUAGAGAGUUUCUUCUUAUCUUCAGAAAAGCAGCAGCGGGAGAGCUGGCAGAGGACAGCGGGCUUCAUGCCUUGGCACGUUUGUCAGAGAUUGACGUGUCUACGGAGGGAGUGAAGGGAGCCAAAUCAUUCUUUGAGGCAAAAGUGCAGGCCAUUAAUGAUUCAAACCGGUUUGAGGCAGAAAUCCGUCAGGAGCAGGAAGACAAGAAGCGUCAGGCAGAGGAGAAGAAAAAAAAACAAGCCGCUUUCAAAGAGCUGAAGUCAGCCUUCAAAUAGCCUCAUCCACCUCACAGCCUCGAUUUACUCAUCACGUUUGUCCGUCUGUCUGCCGUCAGAGUCCCCCGCAAUCAGAGAAACUAUGCAAGGCUAUGAAACGCUCAGAUCCAUGCAGAUCCAUCUUCCUGAGAGAGGGACACCUGUGUAGUGUGUGCUCCUGAGCGGAUAUUGGUGUUGAAAUCAUCUGUUUAUUGUUGCCUGUUUCUCUCGCUCUCUCUCAGGCUGAUUUUAAAUGUGAAGCCAGACACUGAUCUUAAUACACUGGAUUGGAUUUGUUGUUUCAGUCACACGUCUGUAUAUAUGUGCUGUUGUCCAUUCACCCCAUCCGUUUCGUUUUAGUUCGAAUGGCAUUUUGUCUUGUUCUCGUCAACAUGCCAGUAGAUUCAAAUCUAACAUUUUAAAGUUUCUUCUUAAAUCAGCCAGUACUCUCAGUAUGCCAUAUCCAGUCCGUUGUAUUUACGUCAGUGGCAAUUUAAGCAGGAAAUGCUUUUCACUGUACCAUGACUAAUUUGACUAACAUCGUUGGCCAUUUGAACAUGAGAGGACAAACAACAAAUCUCUGCUCUAGUACACAGAUCCAUAAAAUAUUAAGAGCAUAAAAUAAACUAUUUUUAUUGAGCGGAGAGAGAGAGAUGGAGAAGUGGUUUUGGGUGUAUGUGCAUGUGUGGUGAUGAUUGUAAUGGUGUUUGUUGAGUGUUUAUCAAUAUUUUCUUGCAUGGUCACUGUUGUGUUGUUUUUCCUACAUGGGUCCCUUUAGGCUAUAAAGUGUCCAGUGUUAAAUGUGGCACACACAAGCUUACAAUUAGCUUUUAAGAUCAAAAUGAUGGCAUGAAAUGGCUGUAAAUUUGAAACGGCUUACUUCAAUUACUCUAUACAGUUGAAUUUCUUCAGCUUGUCUGGUUGAUGUGGAUGGAGGGGUGUCUAGGACAAGGUCAUCUGACUGUUUAUGAACCCCUGUAUUUUGUGCUUCCUGAACCUUUAACUGUAACAUGUUUAUGGGGUUGGUCAGAUGCCACAGAUGGUGUGAAAUCCUCCUCCGCUUUUAUAUAAAGGGAUAGUUCACCCAGAAAUAAUUUACACAGCCUUGUGUUUUUCCAAAGCUGAAUAGCUUUUUUUCUGUCGGACACAAGGGUUUACUUCGGAACAAGUGUACACAGUUUUUGUCCAUAUAAUGAAAGUCAGUGGGAUCCAGAACUACAUUGAAACCCCUUAAAAAAAAAAAACACACACACAAAUAUCACUGAGAAUUUUUUCUUUAGUGUGUGAAGAGAGAAAUUCAUUCAGGUUGAUAUGACAUUUGGGUGAAUAAAUUAUUUUGCGUGAACUUUCCCUCAAGUCAACUCCCUAAAUCUAACUCUGGGUUGCUUAAUAUUAUUCAAAUUAGGACCAGAAUUGCAAGCCUUGCACAGCAGCCCAUGCUCCGUGAGAUAAGGUAGAAUCAAAAAGUGUUUCAUGCAUAGAGUAUAGAUGUCAUUUGCUAAUGAAAUAUGCAUGGCUUUUCUGUUGAGCCAGUGCAUGUCAUUCAACCUAUUAAUCAAAGAAUGCCAUGUGUCUGAAUAGGAUCUAAUGUUAAAGUAUUUAGUUUAAAAAAAACAAAAUGGGUUUCAAAGUUUACUGUGACAUAAUUUGAAAAAUGAGGGAACAUUUCUAAUGCAAUCAUCCAAAAUAAGGAUUUUUACCAUUUAUGGUCAUGUGACAUGCAUUACACUGUGGCAAAGUUAGCUGAGAUGCUAUGUAUAAAGACAAAUCUAUAUUUUCAUGUGAUAAUCAAAAAAUAAUAAUUUUAGUUUUGUAUGGAAUGGGCUCUUGUGUAAAGAAACGUUCUUAUUUUCUCAAUAUGAAUUUUGUUGCCUACAAUCUUGUCUCCGUUUCGUUCUCCGUGUAUCUGAUAUUCCUUAAGUUUUUCCAUUACAAUCUAAUCAGUAAAGGCAAAAUACCCUUUAGUCUUUUCUAUAAUGGAGACAACAAUGUUGGCAAUUGCUAUGCUUCAUGUUGCUGUUUGUUUUUGUGUUCUGAGUCACUGCUAAAUGUUCAAGUUUACUCACUAGUUCUCUGGAAAUUCAAAUAAUAGUUGUAUAAAUAUUUGUCUCCCAGUCUUGUCAGCCAUCCACAUGUUCUUUUUCUUUUGUUUUCUACUGUUCAAGUAAAAAGUAUUUAAAAUAUUGGAUGUUAAAGGGUGAAUGUGGUCUAUAUUAUGUUAUUGUUGAGGAGUCAACUAAUGACGCCAAUCAAACGUUCUGUUAGAAGUCAUAAACCAUUCUGUCAUUCCUUUUGAGAGAUUUUAGCUGUUCCAUUGUUGUCGUGCCAAAUGAUUUCACACUGUGUUAAACUAAUUUUAGAACAACAUUCCCUGAGAUCCAUCAGGAUACUUCUGGUCAACAGCCCCAGCAGAGAUUUGAAUUCAUAUGAGCACACUUAAUUGGAAUUUAGACUGAACAUCACUGAUCUACAAUGUUAGAACUUUUAAAAAGUAAUAACUCGUAAUUAAUUGGUAAAAACCACUUUUUACAGUUUUGGCUUUAGAACUAAUGUUUGCACAUCUGAAUAAUCACAUUAAAGCUUUAGCAGUAUUUACUUCUGUGGGGGAAAACUGCUCCUUCCAAAGCAGAUAACAUGCAAAAAGCACAACAUUUUUCUUUUUCUUUUUCUGUGAAGUAUAAUACCAGGAAGACUCAAAAUGAGAGUGUAGUUAAAGUUCACUAUUUUAUCUUAUGGCAUGUUUUUGUUGUUUAAUUAAUAAUUCCAGUGAUUUGAUAAUGGUUUAAAGGGCCUUGAAUCAUCCUGUCCAUAUCUGUACCUGGCUGUCACUGUCAAUGUCCUUUAAAACUGGUGGUUAUGGUAUCAUACUCUUGUAAGCUUAUACAUAUUGAUAUGUGGCUCCUAUAAUAUGCACAUUUAUUUUUGAUUUUCUUACUAAAAUGUACAAUUAUUCUUGUGACAAUAAAAAUACUUUUAAUUUGGAAA